UUUUUUUUUUCCCUUUCAGGAACGUGUUCGGGCCCGCGGCAGGGGGCGGGGUCGCGCCUCCUCCGCGGCUCUGGUUCCAGUGGAGUCUCACGGACGUGGAGAUGGAAAUCCCGAGGCUGCUCCCGGCUCGCGGGACGCGACAGGGCGGCGGCGCUGGCAGCCCCGGGGGGGGCGGCGGCCGGAUCCACGGAGGUCCUGACCCGCGGGCGGGCCAGGCCCCCGCGCGCCGCCUCCUGCUGCUCCGGGGCCCCCAAGAUGGCGGGCCCGGGCGGCGGCGUGAGGAGGCCCGCGCGGCCUCCUCGGGCCCCGGCCAGAGCCCGUCGGCGCCUAGGCCCGAUCGCGGCAGCGGCGGCGGCGGCGGCGGCAGUGGCGGCGGCGAUGACUUCUUCCUGGUGCUUCUGGACCCGGUGGGUGGAGACGUAGAGACCGCGGGCGCGGGCCAGGCCGCAGGGCCCGUGUGGAGGGAGGAGGCCGGGCUGGGCCCGCGGCUCCAGGGGGGCGAAAGCGGCGCGAACCCUGAGGGCCGCCCUGCGCUGGGCCCCAGCUGCCUGUCUGUUAUCCCCGCCCCAGUCCCGGCCCUGGCCCCGAUCCCCGCCCCAGGCCUGGGCCCCGCCGCGGCCUUCGCGGGCACCGUCACUAUUCACAACCAAAACCUGCUGUUGCGUUUGGAGAACGGCGUCCUCACCCUGGCCACGCCCCCGCCGCCAGCCUGGGCGCCUGGGGUCGCCCCUACCCCUCAGCCCCGGGGUCUGAUCGCCCCGCAAGCGGGUAUCCCGCAUGCCGCGCAGCCUGGCGACUGUCCCGAGCUGCCGCCAGACCUCCUGCUGGCCGAGCGGGCGGAACCUGCGCCGGCCCCAGCGCCCGAGGCGGAGGCGGAGGGCCCAGCUGCUGCUGAGAGCCCCCGCGGGCCCCCUGGGCCGGGCCAGGGCGUGGUGCUGUACCUGUGUCCCGAGGCGCAGUGCGGACAAACCUUCGCCAAGAAGCACCAGCUGAAGGUGCACCUGCUGACGCACAGCAGCAGCCAGGGCCAGCGGCCCUUCAAGUGCCCCCUGGGCGGCUGCGGCUGGACUUUCACCACCUCGUACAAGCUCAAGAGACACCUGCAGUCACACGACAAACUGAGGCCCUUUGGGUGCCCUGCAGAGGGCUGUGGCAAGAGCUUCACCACCGUGUAUAACCUCAAAGCACACAUGAAGGGCCACGAACAGGAGAACUCAUUCAAAUGUGAGGUGUGUGAGGAGACUUUCCCCACACAGGCCAAACUCAGCGCCCACCAGCGCAGCCACUUUGAGCCAGAGAGGCCCUAUCAGUGCGCGUUUUCGGGCUGCAAGAAGACGUUUAUCACAGUGAGUGCCCUCUUUUCCCAUAACCGCGCCCACUUCAGGGAACAGGAACUCUUUUCCUGCUCCUUCCCUGGUUGCAGCAAACAGUAUGACAAGGCUUGUAGGCUGAAAAUUCACCUUCGGAGCCACACUGGCGAGAGACCGUUCCUUUGUGAUUUUGAGGGCUGUGGCUGGAACUUCACCAGCAUGUCCAAACUCCUAAGGCACAAAAGGAAGCACGAUGAUGAUCGGAGGUUCAUGUGCCCUGUGGAAGGCUGUGGGAAAUCUUUCACGAGGGCCGAGCAUCUCAAAGGCCACAGCAUAACCCACCUGGGCACAAAGCCUUUUGUGUGUCCCGUGGAGGGCUGUUGUGCCAGGUUCUCUGCUCGCAGUAGUCUCUACAUUCACUCCAAAAAACACUUGCAGGAUGUGGACACUUGGAAAAGCCGAUGCCCAGUCUCCACUUGUAAUAAACUCUUCACAUCCAAGCAUAGCAUGAAGACCCACAUGGCCAAAAGGCACAACCUGCGCCAGGAUCUCCUAGCUCAGCUAGAAGCUGCAAAUUCUCUUACGCCCAGCAGUGAACUUACCAGCCAGGGGCAGAAUGACCUCAGUGAGGCAGAGCUUGUGUCUCUCUUCUCUGACGCACCUGGUAAUAGUUCCGCUGCAGUCCUGGACACAGCAUUGGUGAACUCUGGGAUCUUGACUAUUGAUGUGGCUUCUGUGAACUCAACUCUGGCAGGGAACCAUGUCCCUGCUAGUAAUAAUAAUUCCUUAGGGCAGGCAGUGGAUCCUCCCGCCUUGAUGGCCACCGGUGACCUUCCUCAAAGUCUGGAUACCUCACUCUUUUUUGGAACAACAGCCGCCGGUUUUCAGCAGAGCCCCUUAGAUAUGGAUGAUGUCUCAACUCUAAGUGUGGGGACAUUGGGAUCUCUGGGCUCUUUGGCUAUGAAAAACUCGAGUCAAGAGCCCCAGGCGUUGACUCCCAGCAGUAAGCUAACAGCAGACACAGAUGCUCUGACUCCUUCAAGCACCCUUUGUGAAAGCAGUGUCUCAGAACUACUGCCGCCAACCAAAACGGAAUGGAAUGUACAUCCUGACUCUGACUUUUUUGGACAAGAGGAAGAAACCCAGUUUGGAUUCUCCAAUCCAGCAGGGAACCAUGGGUCUCAGAAAGAAACAGAUCUUAUCACAGUGACUGGCAGCUCAUUUUUGGUAUAAACUAAACUCUCUUCAUUCCUUGCCAUGUGGCUUACUUUUAUUGAUGACCCUCGAUUUUAAGAAUUCUAGACUAAAUGUUUAACUGCAGUCAUUUCUUUCAGGUUUGAAAAAGAACAGAGCCCUGGGCUGCAAGCUUGGAGAUUUAAAUUCUGAUCUUGAGACUGGAACUGACAAGUUGUGUGACCCUGAGCAAGUCACUUAUCCUAUCUGAGCCUUAAUUUCCUUAUUUAUAAAAUGAGCUGGUUUGAAUAGCCUGUUUCUAAGGUCAUUUCAGCUCUCUUUUCAUGGUUUUGUUCUCUUUCUUGAAAAUUUACAACUUUUUACAUUAACUUACUAUUGCAUAUGUGUCCAAUGUAAUGAAAAGUACAUUGAAAGUUAAUGAUCUGCGAACUGGUGUUUAAAAAUGUAAUGGAAAUUUUACAUAGUGCCAAAAUGUGGUGGAGCUUGAAAAAGAAGAACGACAAAAAUAUGGGCUGGUUCUCUUUACCUGUUUGUUUCUAGCCUUUUUUUUUUUUUUUUUUUUUUUAAUGAUAGGCUGUGUUGGGCAAAGUGCCAGGGCUUUGAUGUGACUCAGACUUAGAAAUAUUGACUUUGUGGUGUUGAAUAAGUGGCCUUAAAUAAGUCAUUUCUUCUCACUAACUUUAGUUCCCUAGGUGUAAAGCUGUCAUUGUAAUUUACAUAUACGUGAUGCAUCUUAGAGUUCUUUUUCUAUUCUAGUAGUUUUAGAGGAAAAUGUUUUGUAUUUUGGCAUGUUUGAGCAAAUUUUUAUUACCUUUCCUGCCCCUCUUAUUCCCUUCCUCAAAGAAAAUAAAUUAGUAUUAUUUGAGAUCACACUUGUGCAGGCGAUAAGACUUUAUGUGGGUUAAGAGGCAGGAAAGGGAAUCUCUCUCUUCCACAGACUGAAGAUUUUUCUCCACGCAUUUCUGUGACUUUGCCAUCAUGUCCAUUAGACCAAAUUAUAGUGUCUUUGUUCUGCAUUUAAAGCCAUCCAAUAGAGUGACUGGAGAACCUGUGCUUCCAAAAAAAUCUGGGAAUGGACCAGAGUAAGAUUUUCUCCCAUCUGUGCUCCAGAGAGCUUAUUGUUUGUCUUCUCUUUGCAUUUUGAGUAAAUAUUGUGUCUUUUGUGAAUAUAGCAUUUUAGAGUUAGCACUUUCACAACUGUUAUGUUUCAUCCUCAUAAUUUUGUGAGCUAGUUGUGGCAAAAUUUCAACUAUAAAUCAUUCUAAAAUUUAUCUAAUUUGCAUUACAAAUGAAUUUUACUUAGUAACUCUGCAUUGUGUAUAUAUAUAUGUAUACAUAUAUAUAUAGUCCUAAUUGCAUGUAUAUGUAUAUAUACAUAUAAACAAUUUAUAUAUAAAUCAACUUUCAUUCUACUUUUCUGAGUUUCAUGAUCACUUUUGUUUAUGACCACUUGUUCUAUUCCAAUUUAGUUGAUGUCUGUUACCUUCUACCAGCUCUGCUCCCUCUCCAGCCUAUUUAGCAUGUACACACCAGUCCUUGCCAUGAUCUCUCUUUUUAAAUUAGGUAUGUCUUUUCAUGGUUGUCACCAUCUCUCAGCCAUUCUCAUGACCCAUCUUUCAGUCUCAAUAUUUAUGCAAGUCUGAGUGUGCAUUAAGAAAUUAUUUUGUGGAUUUAGAGGUCAGUUUGUUUAUAUAUUAAUCAAAUAAAAAUGGGGAAAUUUUAUGUAAGGUUUUAGUGAGACAGGUAGUUCUAUUUUUCUAAAUUUUUUCACCUUAUAGUUCUGCUAGCAAACACUAUUAGUUGCUUUGAAACAUUCUAAUCCAGUACUCUUUGUACGUACAUUUGUCGAUAACAAUUAUCAUAGCACUUUGGCAGUGCACUUUAUAAUUUGCCAUUUUAAAAUGCAUCUGUACUAAUUUUAAAAUUGGUUGUACUCAUUCAGUGAAACAAACAAAAAGUAUAUGUAAUUUGUAAUCCAAAGAAAUUGACAGAGUGUGAUUGUUUCUAAUCAUUUAACAGUUCUCACUCAGCACUUUGGAAACCUUUUAAUAAGCAUGUUUUAGAAAUGUAUUUUCAUUAGUUAAGUUCUCUUAAAUAAGUUAUUCUUCUUUUCCUACAGAUGGAAUUAUGAGACUUGAGGUGAAUGUGCAGGUUGUAGGUAUCUGUUAAUAUAUAUAGCCAUAAAAUAUUUAAAAAUCCUGUCACUUUGUUUUUUUAAUCCCUCAUUUUAAAACUAUCAUAAAAUGUGUUUUUGUUAUAUUCUGUGGAAUUGUCAAAGGACAGAUAUUACUCUUUUCGAAGAUAAAAUCUUGUAAUUAUUUGUGGACUCAUGGUUUCUUUCAUCAAUUUGUUCAAAAGAUUUCCCUUUCAAUACUAUUUUCCCAACAUGAUACUGAAAAUGGCAUGAAAUUGCAGUCAGAUUUUUCAUUAAAAACAUAAUGGUUACAUCUUUAUAAGUGUUGACAUAAAUUUUCCAUUAAAAAAUGGAAUAUGAUUUAAUUAA